AUGAAUUAAUAGAAUUCCACAAACUUUUCACCUUUAGAGAAAAAGACUUUGAAUUUUACUAAAAAUGGAUAAUUUUAACUUAUAAAACUCUUAGACCAAGAUGGAAAUGAAGCUUUGUUUGAUGCUUAACCUACAAACAACAAUAAUUCUUAAUUGUUUGCAAUAAGAAUUUAUAAAGCUAUGUCUGAUUAGGAAAAAUCUCUUAUUCGGGAGUUGAUUGAUCAUUAAGAGAAGAACGACAACGAUCCAAUUAAGACAUCAGGAAUUAUUAGGAUUUAUGAAACAGGUUUAUUCUCAAAUUUUUAAACAAUACUUAUGGAGAGGGGGGAAUCUAAUCUAUAUGAUUAUAUUUAAAAAAACGAAAAUAUAUCUAUGGAUAAAAGGAUUGAAAUUUGCACUGAUCUCUUUAAAUCUAUUAAAUUUAUGAAUUCUAAAGGUAUAUUUCAUAAAUAAAUCAGACCAGAGAGCUUCAUCCUUAUAGAAAAUAAAUUUAAAUUAAUUAAUUUUUGGUAGGCAAUAAAAGGAUAAGAUUCAAAAAAACAUUAAAUUAAAGAUUUUCAAUAGAUAUUAUAUUAAGCUCCAGAAAUUUUAAAUUAAAAACCUGAUUUUCUUUAAUCUGUAGAUACUUGGUCCUUAGGUUGUGUAAUUUAUUGGACCCUUGCUGGCAAGUCAUUUUUUGUUUCGUCUGAAAUUGAGGAUCUAAAAAAUAAAAUCAAAGAUUUUAAAGAUAAAGAAACAAAUCAAUAUUAUUUAAAGAGAAUUGACAGUCUAAGCGUUCCUUCAUAUGUUAAAGAAAAUCUGAAGUCAAUGUUGGAAUAUAAACGAUACAAGCGUAUAAAAAUAGCUGAUGUCUAAGAAUCUUUUACUAAUAAAUUAAGUCCUGGUUAAUAAAAUAAUGUAGUAUAACCUCAAGGAAAUCCACCAAUAAAUCCAUUAUUUUAAACUCAAAUAAUUCCAAAUAUUUAAAACAAAACCAAUCUUCAAUUUUAACCCUAAAUGAAUCAAGUUUUAUAACCUCCACCAAAUUCUGUUUAAUCAUAUUAAUAACAAUUUUAAUAACCUAAUCAACCCAUCUAAUUUAAAUAGCCUACAUAAUUAUAAGCAGCACCCUUUCCAUAAUAAAAUAUUUAACAUUAAUAAUAGUUGUCUUCUGGUCAUAUAGAAUAAGUUUGUCAAUUACUUCUAGGCGAAAUCAAAAAAUAAAUUUGUUAGAAUUAAUAGUAACAAAUAGUAGAUAGGGAUGGAAAAAAUGAAAUCACAGAAAGUGGUUCCAUAUAAUACUAAAAUAAUGUUGAAGAUGCUUUUAAUGAAAUUGUUAGAAUUAUGCAAAAUUUAAAUGAUAAUGUAUAGGCAGUACAAACCUAAUAAAUAGAAGAUAUUAAAAAUGAAUAUGAAUAGAAGUUAGAACAAAAAACAUAGGAAAUUGAUUAAUUAAUACAGCAACUAAAGAAUACAGAAUAAUAACAAUAAUUUUCAUAAAAUCAUGCAUCAGAUUAAAACAAUAUGUAACUUCAAGGAAGUGCAAGUUCUUUAAAUGCCAAGUUAUAAGAAUAACCAAUAAUAACAGAAUAAUAACCAAAGGACGUUUUAGAAAAAUAGAAUUUGGAGGAUUUAGUAAAUGAAGUGAUAAAAAGAUUUGAGGAGGGGAAGUAGUUACAAGAAUAAGAUAAGCAGCAAUAACUACCAAAGGAGUAAGAUUAUGACAUCUUUAUGAAACUUUACCAAACAUUACAAGCAGGAUUGAAUAAUUUUUGAUCUAUUUGGACAUUUUAUAAAUAAUAGUGUUGUUAA